AUGAAUUACAUAAUACAUUUUACAAUUAAUAAUCUUUAUUUAAAAUAAAAUUAGAGUGUAAGCUUUUACCUAGUAUUAGUAUUUUAAAACGCUCAAUCAUAUGAAAAUCAAAAUUAAAAUACAAUAUUGGCAAGCUAUGUUAGUGAUUCAAUUUAUGUAGAAGCAAGAAAGAAGAGUAAAAGAUUAAGAAGUGAAAGAUUUACCUCGAGUUAUUUAGACACACUUUUAUCUAAGAAUGAAUCUUCCUAAAACCAAAAACAGGAUUUAAAAAACAAUUAUAUUGUAUCUGAAAUCAAAGAGCUCUACUAACUGAAUUCAUAUUUAAAUUCGUUGAACAGUGAACAAGAUGAAAAAAUAUCACCUUUCAUAUUAUCUUAAUUAUUCCCAAACAUAAUUAGAGUAUACAUCAACAAUAAGAUAUUCGCUUAGUGCAAAGAAUAGCUUAAUGAGACUGUUGUUCAAACUUAGUAAAUACUUCGUAAUUAUUCAGCUUAUUUUCUAUAAAAUAAUGAACAUUUCUAAAAUGAGUCUGUUUGUAUAAUCUAAUUAUCAGUUUCUAAGUCAUCUAAAGAUUAGCUCCUUCCUACGAUUCAAUAAAUUCAGUAAAAACUCCUCAGAUUUAAAACUUAAGCCCUUUCAUGCAUUUUUGAAAAGAAUUCUUAUCUUUAAUAAGCCUAUAGACAAGUUAAUCCUUCUCAAGAUGUUGCAUAGUUAAUCGAAGACCAUAAUAAAAUCUUCAAUAUGAACUCUACUCAGAUUAUUAAGUUCUCUAAAGCAUUAAAAAAAAUAACCAAGAUUGAUGAAUUCCUAAAUUAAUUGGAAGAAAACAGGUCUAAGGUAGAAUAUUCUUAUAAAGAAUUUAUAAAGUAAGGAAAUCAAAAUUAUUGUAAAUAUACAACCACCAUUAAUUUAAGAGACUUCCCUCCAUUUGAACCAUUACUUACAAAAAAAAUAAAGGCAAUCGCUAAUAAGACACAAUUGAAAAAGAGAAGCACAGAGUCUCUAUUUGAGGUCGAAGAAAAAGACUUCAUACUUAACAACAAAUACAUGAAAACAGAAAAAAAUAUUUCCCUAUAAUCCACUUAAAUUACAUCUUUUGCUUCUCCUUAGACUUAAAUGCUCUAACUAGACUCAACUCCUUUAAAAAUAUCACUAUCUACUGAAGACUUGCAAACUAAAUUAUUAUCAAAAGAAUCGCCAAAAUUUUAAUAAGAUAAACCAUUCAAUCCUAUGUUAAACCUAAGUUAAUCUUCUAUCUGCUGCUUUGACGAAAUACAUCAACAAAAGAAAGAUCUCUAUCAAAAUGCUCAAAGCAGCUAUUAAAUUAUAAAUGCCUAAGAAAAUAUAAAUUCUUUAGCCUAUUAACCAUUAAAUAUGGAUUUACUUGAAAAAUAAUAAAAUUUAUAAAAUAAUUUGAAUUAAAGUUAACAAAACUAUAUUAAUUAAAUGUAACAAAAUAGUAUUAAUCAAAAACAGAACUUCAGUAACCAACAAAUAAUAGAAAAUUAGUAAGCUAGCUUUUAUUUAAACUAGUUAUCUAACAAUUAAUAAUAAAAUCAAUAUAAUUAUUUUAACCAACCUUAUAUCCCUAAUCUCAAAACCAACUUGUAAUAAAAUUAAUAAUAAUAAAUUUAUUCUAGUAAAAAUUAGUAAAAUAGCUAUCUAAACGAAUAUAAUAUGCAACACCUAUAUCACAACUAAAAUUCUUAAUAUAACAUUAAUGAGCAAAAUAAAUAAUAGUAUUUUGGACAUAUUAUUCCCUAAUAACAAAUACCCUUUUAAUUACAGUUAGACAAAAAUAAUACAGUACAAAAUUUAUAUUAACAAAAUUUAAUUAUGUAACAAGCAGGCUCUAUUUCUUUGAUUUAUAUUUGA